UUGUGCGCAAUACACUGUGCAAAACGUGUACACGUAUUGGUCAAAUGUAGUUGUGGAAAGAGGGUGGAGACAUAUUCCUCCCUCCUUCGCUCUGCAGGAUUUCGGUUUCACUGUAUCAAAAAAAAAGGCGGGAAAGUGGAGGCCUGUCAGGGCCCCCCUUUACCUCACAGCAGGAUGUUCAGGGGCUGCAGCGCCUGGUUUUCUCAAAGCGUCAGCCAUGAGCUCCGUGGCCUUUGGGGUGAGGGGAAAUCACGACACUGAGGAAGGAGAGGAGGAGAUCUUAUAUCCCUCAGCCUUAGGAGAAGGUUGAGGGUGAAAGUAAAAUUCAGUGUUUUCGUCGAGGGCAGGGGUGCCAAAUUGAAUAAAAUGGGUUUUUUUGUGGGGGGACAAGUAAGCCCCGACUUGCAAAAUCGAUCCCAUGUCACGGAGCACUCACAUCAUUUGAAAUGACAAUGCCCAUAUACUUUUUGGGGAGAGGGGGCAGCCCCCUCAAAUAUUUUAUUUUGGCUCCUAUGGGAAAUGGGAUCGAGAGGGGUUGGUGGGAGCAGCUAGCUUUGAAGGGACGGAGAGCUCCAGCACAGCAAACAUUUAUCUAUCUUUCUACCUAUCUAUUGGUAUAGAAAAAAUAGGGGUGGUUGGCUUUUGCUGCCCAAGGGACUGAGUCCCCUAAGUCUAUGAUCGGUCAGAGAUGAAUGGAUGGAGGCAGGAGGCCAAAAAAGCAUGGCAGAUCAUUAUUUUUUUUCUGUUGCAACCGAGUUAUCUCCCCUCCUAGCAAGGAGGCAAGAGAGACUAUACCAGGGCAAAGAAUAAUGUCGGCCCCGCAACCCUCAAUAUAAACUAUGAACCUUUUGAGUUAUCUCUUCACCUUGGACUCUGUCAAGAAACGCCCUGUAAAGAAAUUCCUGUAAAGAUAACAUAAAGGAGAAAGUAUUAAGAAUACCAUUAUGUUUCGUUAUUAAGCUGCCUUAAGCCUGUUAUGCUAAUAACUCACCCCUUGAUUCUGAUUGGCUUCAUUUUUAAUUUGCAUCUUCAAAAAAGUUUAAUAAAGAAUUAGUAAACAACAACAGCUCAAUGCAAGGGAUGCAUGUUUGCAAAUUUCAAAACCCAUAUUUCAAAGAGUAAGUAUAUUUUGAAGAAGAAAGAUUAUUCCCUUGUGGCAUUUUUCUGCAGUUGCUGAAGGAGGAGUGAUCACAAACCAGGAUGCUGCUGAUUAUCUGUUCAGCAGUGAUGCUUCCCACCCUGACACAAAAAGGUAUAUUUUGUAGCUGGCUUUAUAGCUCAGUUUUUAUCAAUACCAUACAUGGUCUGCAGUCUGGGCAUUGUUUCUGCUUCUACUGCUUAAUUUCUGGAAGGAGAAGUGUUGGGAUGUAAAUCAGCUUUAAAAUAUCCUUCUGUAUUGGAAAUGCAAGAGGUAUCUCACAGAUAUUUAAUAGCUUGGGGAUGGAGGAUAUGCAUAUAUUGUGGAUUAUAUUGCCUAUAUACCUGAGAAUGGAGAUGAUGUAAGGCUGUGGUUCCCAAACUCUCCCCUCCCCCCACUAGCACAUGAAAAUUGCUGAGGAUUUUAGUGGACCACUUAAUGAUUUUUCUGGAUUACUGUAGCAAUUGUCAUGUGCUGCCUGUGCUAGAUGCUAUAUCGUUUUAUGUAUUUUAUAGUAUUACAAUUUGAAUUCCAUUAUCUUCAAAUUGGAAAACUGUUAAAUACAAUGUGGGAAAUAAACAAUGCAAAUGCAAUUAAAACUCAAUAUGAAUAUUUAAUGUGCUGGAUGCGCCGUCUCCAACCACAAAUCCACAUACGGGCUGCAGAACCACUGAAUGAAGUUCGUGGACCACAGUUUGGGAACUCCUGAUCGAAGGCAUUUUGCUGCCAAGGCAAAAUAUCCUAGCAGCACUCCCUUGUGGUGGUAAAAAAUAUAGCAACAAACAAACUAAUUCUAUUUAAGGAUGCCUCCAAAUCCUCUCUACCUUGGCUGAUUUUUGGAGGAAUUCGUCCUGCUUGAGAGUUAAUUGAAAGCUGUAAUUAAAACAAUUGUUUGGAUGUUUCAUAUUCAUUUCUGUAACCCCCUUCCUCUUCCUUUAGAAUACACCAGAGCUUAGAUUAUCUAGAAGACAGAGUCACUGUUUUUCAUUCUUCUUAUCUUACGGCAUGUGUCAACUCUGAAACAAAAAACUCAACAGCAUUAGGGCACUUCCUCCUUCUACCUGCCUGCUUGCAGCAAGGUGUGUGGGCACAAGUAUUUUUUCCCCAUUUCAAUAUUAAACUUGUUAUUUAAGACAGGGGUGGAAACCUUGGGCAUGGUGUGUGUGUGUGUAUGUGUGAAAAGCAGUCCUUUAGUUUUCUCUGUCCAACCCUUGGCACUCUCACCAGGCCACACAUCCCUCACCAACCCAGCUGAGCUCCUGCCUCAAGUGCUUUUGCCUGACUAAAACGAGUCCUUGAAGUACUUCAAAGGCAAACAUUGUUAGUGAGUGAUGGCCAUUACACUGCAUCAUCUAGUAAAGCUGCACGGAAAGCCUGAUUCUCUUUCCUUUUGCAAUCCCUACAGAAAUUAGGCAGAAAAAUGGCAGCUUUAUAUGGGAGCAGAUUUCUAACCCUCUGAAGUUGCAGGUAAGAAGAAUAUUGAAUGUACAUUACAUGAUUUUAAUUUUAAUUUAGUUAUCUGUUUUGGUCUGUAACUUUUUUAUUUUAGAUUUUCACAUACAGCAUUUGUAUGCACAGUAUGGAAUAGUACUCCAAAAUGAAAUAACUGAAAUUUGCUGAAAGCAUGAACUUGGUAUGUAGUUUCCUUCCUUCCUUUAGAGCUGCCAUUUUUUUAUAUCCACAGCCCAGUCAACCUGUUGAUGUAAAGUGCCACAGGGUGGAAGAAGAGACAAAGGCCAAGAGAGGGUUGGAGAAAAGGUAUAUUUUGUAUCAGAUGAUAUUGUUGGAUGUCUGUUGUUUUAUGCAGUAGCUAAAAUACACUGGUGGUGGCAUGUGUUCAGUGAUAGUGUGGAUUAGCUAAAGUCAGUUCUCACAGCUAGUUCUCAAUUCUUAAUUUUUUAUUGUAAGAUAUCAUUACCACUCCACCAACAGUAAUUUUAUCAACAAUGCCCAGAGUUGUAUCCAGAGUUAAUCAUCACUGGAAUUAAUCAACAUGAUUAUCUUAAGUCUAUUAAUUUCAGUGGGUCUACUCUAAGUUGAGCUUGGAUACCCGAUAUGAAAGCAUUAAUUAGCUCCCCUCACAGAAGGGAAGUAAUUUGAACCAAAGAAUGUUAGUCUGCCCAACUGAGCUCCCACAGCCAGAAAAUAUGUCUACAUCAGGUUACUUAAUGCAUCUUGUUCCACUUCCUUGGCCUAUUAUUUUAUUUAUUUAUUGAAUUUAUAUACUGCCUGGAGGUCUCAGGGCAGUGCAUACUAGAAGUCAUAUAGGGCGGUCUCUACUAGAAGUCAGUUAUAUUGGUUUUAUUCCACUUUAUCAUAUGGUGCUUCUGGACAGGUUUUGUUUGUGGGAAUAGUGCUCCUCAUGAAUGCAGGUUUGUUGUUUUUUGUUUUUCUGUGUCUGCAAGAUGUUAUUGGCAUCAAAAUGCCAGCUUGUAUGCUCCCCCAUUUCAUCUUGAUUGUCCCAUUCUGGGGGAAAUCCUGUAAGUUAAAAAAUCUGUUUCUGGCAACACAUUUAGAAUAUAUCACUGGUUGUGUACACCAGUGAUAUAUAUUGGCAUAUUACUGCCCAAAAGACUCAUAGGAACUGCAGUUUACAUCAGAGCUACAAUUCAAAGCCCUCUUAACAAACCACAGUUCCCAGGAUUUGUUGGGGAAAGUAUGUGCUUUCAGUAUAUGUUCCAUAUAAAGUCACAACUUGUUCACAGUAGUAAGCUCCCAUAUGGAAGCACCCAUGACUUCCAACCAAAGUAAUUCCAGGGAAUUGACAGUUCCAAUAAUCUUUAUGAAGAGAGGAUGCCUUUUAACAGUUUGAACCUGUUUGCUUCAUUAAUAUAAAUGUCUGAUGAAUCAUAGCUGGAGGCUGGGUCUAGAUAAUACAAAGCAGCACAAGUUAAAAAUUAUGCUCUUGUAAAUCUCCUUCUUCAGGGCAGAUUCUUGUCUCUUGAGUAACAAGCUGAUGGAAACAAAAAUAAUAAUCUGGAAUUAAAAGACUUCUCUGGUGUUAUAUUGAUUGUUGUAAAAAACAAAAGGCUUUUGAAAGUGUAAAUAAUAGCAAAAUUUCUGUCUGAAAUUACAGUGAAGACAAUCAAAUCCCAGGGACAGUAGAAACAGUGAAGAUGGCAUAUAUUCCACUACAAGAUUAUCCAGCAAGCAAUAUGGUGAUAGGUAAGAACAAAGCGUAGUUUAGGAUUUAUCACUAUUAGGAUUUAUCACUACAGUAUUAUGCACAUGACCUCAGUUUUAAGUACAGCAUAAAGCCAAUACAAUAAAACACAAAACAAAGAUUAAAAGCAGCAAAUUUUAAUCUGCUCUUCAUCAAUGAAUGGCAAACUAUAACUUGCUCAGUUAGAUAAGUUAAAAAUCUAAUUAAACCCCUGGUUAAACAACUGCGGUUUUCCUAGAGACACAGGCUCUGUACACAGUACACACCAUACAUUUAAAGCAAAUUGAAGGGACAUUCUUUCUCCCAAAGAAUUCUGAGAACUGUGCUUAAUGGCUCACAGAGCUACAAUUCCCAGCACCUUCCACAAACUACACUACAGGCAUGCAUCCUUAAGUGCAUUUGAAUAGAACUGGUGGGAGAUAUGUGACAGCCUGGCUUAGAGAAAUGGCAGGAGACCAGAGUCCUUUGUGACAGCUACUUCUUUAGGAACUGUGGUCUCAGUUUAGUUAGGUAAAGUUCAGCAUCUUGAAUUGGGCCCAGGAGCAAAGAAUUAAUCUUUUCAUAAUUGGUGUAAUGUGGGUGAAUUUUCUACUAACUGAAGCUCCCAAACCUCCUGCAAGGGUGGUCCCACAUAACUCACAUCGCAAUAAUCCAACCAUUGCAAUAAUCCAACCAUCACUCUAGCCAGAUUACAGCGGUACCUCAGAUUACAGAUGCUUCAGGUUACAGGGGCUUCAGGUUACAGACUCCGCUAACCCAGAAAUAGUACCUCGGGUUAAGAACUUUGCUUCAGGAUGAGAGCAGAAAUCGUGCGGUGGCGGAGCAGUGGCAGCGGGAGGCCCCAUUAGCUAAAGUGGUACCUCAGGUUAAGAACAGUUUCAGGUUAAGAACAGACCUCCGGAACAAAUUAAGUUCUUAACCUGAGGUACCACUAUUGCUGUCCAGAAGUGGUCAUAGCUGGCAAGCCAGACAUUUUUGGUAAAAGGCACUCCAUGCCACAAAGACAACCUCCAUCUAGUGACAAGACUGGAUCUCAGUGUACCUUUAAACUGUGAAGUGUGGGUUUAGUUAGUAUGGUUCAAUUCAUUUCAUUUCAUCUGUUUUGCCAACAGUUUCUGACAGGACUGAAGUGAGUUUGUUAUUGAUUUCAGAUAUUAAAAUUGAAUUGGAUUUACAAUCCAGAAGCAACCCUUUUCAUCCAGUUUUAAUAGUUUUUUAAAAGCUGCAGUCAAAAUAAUAUUACAUUUAUUCAUGCAAAUACACACAAUUUAAAUUAAUGAUAUAUAUCUCUCUUUAUAUUCCUGUCCUUGGGUUAUGACAUCAGAUCAUAGAACUGUAGAGUUGGAAGGGACCCAGCCAGAUCAUCUAGUCCAACCCUCUGCAAUGCAGGAAUAUGCAGCUGUCCCAUAUGGGGAUCAGGACAAAAUGAAAUAUGACACUAUAAUUUUGAAAUCCCUGAAUUUUCUGUCUCUCUUAGAAAAUUUCAUUAUUUUAAGAGCAGGUGUGUGUAGGAUUGGAUUGUUGGGCUAGUGGAGGGCUUUUUAAAAACUCUUUCCCUGUUCCUCUGUGCUGUUUAAAUCACCUUCUCUCAAGUUGAUAAUUGUGUCCCAUUAGUGGAAACACAAGGGUUCCCCAGCCAACAAAAAAAAUUGCUUUGUAAUUAAGCAAUUUUUAAGGCCUUCCAAUAUUUUUUUCUGUGUUUUGCAACAUUUCUUUCUGUGUUUUUUUAAAACAAUAUUGAGAUUGUGAAAUGUGUACCUUUUAACCUUUACUUCACAGGUUAUCCUUCUGCUAAAGAGAUGAACAAAUUCCUUGGGGAAAUACAGGAUUUCAUUCCUGGCUGCUCUGAUUACUUGGCAUACUGGAUUCCAAAUGAAACAAGUAUUUUCUCUGAUCGGAAAUCAAAAUUAAAACGGAAGUUAUAAGUAACAUUUAACGAACGCUCCCUGCCUCUGAAUAUUCUUCCUUGUGAUCCUCAUUCUUAAUUUUGCCAGAUGUGCUUUACUCUGAAUUUUCUCCUGAAAGGAUUACCAAAUUUACAUUAGAACGUUUUGUCCUGCACGAUAC